UGCAUUCAAACUCAUGUCCCUAAGCAGGAUUCUCCUCUUAAUAUUCAAAGCAUUUUCUGCCCUUCUUUUUGAUCAAUGAGCGUUCUUAAUGCUACCUGCUUUGUUUCUUCACCAUCUUAUCCUUGGUAUGGUCUACUUUGCCAACAUGUGAGCCGCUGGUUACAGCCUUUUGGUCAAGAUGGCGGCGGUAAAGGGGGAGGGAAGAUAAAGGUAUCUCAAAUGUCAGGCCCUCCAAAUGUGAGUCCUGUGGCUUUACUCAGUUCUAAAAUUAAACACAGCUGAUAGCCAGUGGCAGCUGAGUGGCAAAGCUACACUACACCAGCCUCUAUUUCUCUCUCAUAGAGUCACACUGUUAAGCCGGCCAGUCCAGCAGCGGGAGAGGAGCCGGACACCCUCCUACUUAAAUACCACGCUAACGGUGCCCACGAAACUUUGACAAGAUGGCCGCCGUGCCAGUGGACCCAGUGACAGAACCUCGUAUGUACCAGCAGUCGCUUCUUCUGGGUGGCCUCUGUGAACUUCUUGAGAAUGACAAGUUUGUGGAUUGUAUCCUGAAGAUUAAGGAUCAGGAUUUCCCUUGCCACAAGCUGGUGCUGGCUGCCAGCAGCCCGUACUUUAAGGCCAUGUUCCUCUCUGACUUGGAGGAGAGCAAAAUACGAGAAGUAGUCCUGAAAGAUGUGGAUCCAGACAUCAUGAAGAUGAUUCUGAGGUACCUCUAUACCUGUGACAUCAACCUGACUGAGCAGAACGUCCAGGACAUCUUCAUGGCGGCCAACGUGUACCAGAUCCCUUCCAUAUUUAGCGUAUGCGUAUCCUACCUGGAGCAUAAGAUGGUACUGAGCAACUGUCUAGCCAUCUUCAGGCUUGGACUACUGCUGGAGUGCCCGAGACUGGCAGCAAAGGCUCGGGACUACAUUUGUGACCGCUUUGAGCUCAUCAUCCGGGACAAGGACUUCCACCAGCUGGGAUCUGGAGAACUGGCUGCCAUUAUCACAUGUGAUACCCUUUGUGUUGAAAAGGAAGAGAUGGUGUUUGAAGCUCUAAUGGAAUGGGUCGAGUAUGAUCAGGUUGAAAGGCUGAAGGAUCUGCCACAACUUCUGCACUGUGUACGGUUUCGUCUGAUGCCACCUGCUUAUUUUAAGGAGAAAGUGGAGGGGCACCGGUUCAUCAAAUCCAACCAGGAGAUCCAGAAAGAUCUACAGCUUAUCAAAGAUGCACAAAAGGGACUGCUUCCAAAAGUUAGCAAGCCAUCAGGCAAGAAGUCAGGAGCCAAAGUAAAUGUUGAAGAUGAGGAUGAAAAUGACGAGGGUCUGCUUCCUGGGAUCCUGAAUAAUAACCUACGCUUUGGAAUGUUUCUAACGGACUUUAUAUUAAUGAUUAGCGACACGGGGACGGUUGCCUACGACCCUGAUAAAAAUGAAUGCUACUUAGCCUCUUCAUCUACUGAGAUACCAAAAAAUCACUGCAGCUUGGUGACCAAAGAGAAUCAGAUCUUUGUGGCUGGAGGGCUCAUUUAUGACGAGCAGAACACGGAGGAACCGUUCAGCUCUUACUUCCUACAGUUUGACCCCAUGAGCUCUGAAUGGCUCGGGAUGCCCUCGAUGCCAAGCCCCCUCUGCCUCUUCGGACUCGUUGACGCAGAGAACUCCAUCUUUGUUGUAGGUGGAAAAGAGCUGAAAGAGGGAGAGCACGCUUUAGACACUGUCUUGAUCUACGACAGACAAUCUUUCAAAUGGGGCGAAUCAGACCCGGUUCCGUAUUCAGUCUACGGCCAUGGGACCGUCUCGCAUAACGGGCUCGUCUACGUCCUGGGUGGAAAAUCGGACAGCAAGAAGUGCCUGAGGAGAAUGUGCGUCUACAAUCCCGCCAAGUUCGAGUGGAAGGAGCUGGCGCCCAUGAAAACCGCUCGUUCCCUGUUUGGUGUCACCGUCCACAAGAAGAAAAUCUACGUGGUGACAGGAGUCACUGACGACGGCCUGACCAGCAAAGCUGAGGUUUAUGACAUCGCUAAAAACACGUGGUCCGAGUUCGAGGAGUUCCCCCAGGAGAGAAGCUCUCUGAACCUGAUCUCGCUGGCCGGCAGUAUGUACGCCGUGGGAGGCUUCGCCAUGAUGCCCAACGACACCACAGACAAGCUGGAACCCACCGAGAUGAAUGAUAUCUGGAGGUUCGAUGAAGUGGAAAACUGCUGGUCUGGGAUGCUGCGGGAGAUUCGCUACGCUUCAGGCGCCACGGUGUUAGGUGUACGCCUGAACGCUUUACGACUCACCAAGAUAUAAUCGACAAGCGCGCGACACCUAUCGCACGUGAAGUUUAGUGUGUGAUGAGCACUGGAACUAUUGCCGGUUUCCACAAUCAAGUAUACGUGUAUGAACUUUAAAUAAUAAAAGAAUUGUAAAAAAACAAGCAAAAAUAACAACGAACGACCCUGGAAGACGUGCGAGUGUAAAACCCGGACAGCAGGUGGAGACGGAGAACGGACCAUUUUUCAUCCGAUGUGAACUGUUGUGUCUGCAGAAAAGUGUGGUGUGAUUUCUACAUGUCUGAAUCAAAGACAUCUUUAUUAGAGAGUUAUGCUGGAUUGGAUUUGAGUCAUAGAUCCGUCUUGUGAUUUCGGACAUCGCAAAACAGCCAUGUAUCGCAUCCAUAAAACUUACGACAGGUAACAUGGACACCAUUUAUGUCAUUAGAACAUGUUUAAACAAAGAGAAACGAACAGAACAGGACAGAAUGAUACAGCGUUCAGUGAAAACACAGAAGUACACGUGUGUGAAGAAUGAACAAGGAGCUUUUCUUUAGGCUUUCACAGAUACAACAGUACAGCAGAUGAGAGAAUACAGACCAGGAUUAAUUACACUAUAUGCUCUUUCAACGCACAACGAGUACAAACAAUAUUCCAGACACGCUGGUAUCACUACAAACACUGUAAUCCUUUAAAUUGGUACUUUUAUCAUUUCAUCAUAUAAACGCCCAAAGGCCAAAUCAAGGCGUGAGGACUGUAUUUCUGGACAUAGAUUAGAACAUCCUGAAAUGUUUUAUUCCAAUAAACAUUUUGUAGUGAUUAAAGAACAACACAUUAGUAUUAUUAUUUUUUUUUUAAAUGCAUUUAGAGUUACUUCUAAUGUUGAAACAAGUUAGUUCCAACACUUCUUUCCUCACUAAUCUCUCUCCCAAAGUAAAAAAGCAGCUUGUUACCGGAAACUCCUCUGUCCUGAAGAUCUUAAAGCGCACCUAUUAUGGAUUUGAAACAUGCCUAAUUUUGUUUUAAAGCUCUCAUACGAUAGAUUUACACGCAUCCGAGGUCCACUUUAACGCGCUCAUGAUUUAAACUGCAGCGUUACCCCCCCCCCCCCCCCCCCCCCGGGUCACAAACGACUCGUUCGACGAUCCGUUCUAAAAUCCUCCUUUCAGAGAGCAUACUCUACUCUGAUUGGUCAACCACUGUGUUUCAAAAAGGAAACGCCCACUACCAUAACGAGUUUCAGCUCCGUCUGCCAGCGAGCAGCCGAUGAAGAUCAGAGGCGGGGCUUUAUGUCACAAACCUACGUAGGUUAGUACAGGAAGUAAAGUCCGGAAUCACUAACGACUCGAUUCAGCCGUUCGGAAUCGAUUCCUUCUUUUGGGAGUCGAUAAGUCGGUUCGGCGUGCGCUUUGAUUUUUGAAACUUUGCAGACGUUUUUACGUUCACCGACGGCAACGUAUAUAACACGCUGCAUGAAAGGUGAUAUUUGAAAAACCGUAAUAGGUGCGCUUUAAAGUUACAUCUUUAUUUCUGACUCUUAUAAAGCACGGACACUGGAGACUCCUUCCAUAAACUGACUUAGAAACGUGUCCUUACACAAAGCCUAUAUAGCCGUAUUAACGAUUAUACAUGUUUAUAUACAGUGCUGUGCAAAAGUAUUAAGCACACGCAAAGAAAUGCUCUAGAGCAAAGAUACAUUCGAAAAUAAUUCAAUUAAAUGUUUGGACUAAAAAAAAAAAAAAAACAAUUCCAUAAAGAGCAGUAAACAGCAAUAAACAAUACGAAUCAAUAUUUGGUGUGACGACCCUUUGCUUUAAAAUCAAAAUGGUCCCAGGUACAAUUUGUGCAGUUUUCGAAGGAAAUGAGCUGUAAGUUUUAUUGCGCACCGUGCAGAACCAGCCACGGUUCUUCUGGAGACUUUGACCCAGCAGCAAACAUUAUGUUGUGGGUUUUUUUUUUUUUGUCUGAAAAGUGGCCUCUCAUGUAAUAUCCUGCCGUGUUUACUGACAUAAAAAACAAUUUCCGUAACAUUUAAUUUUGUGCUGGAAGAUCUAAAACGUUUAUAUACGGACUCGAUCACGAAGAGGUCAUAAAAUAAAAAUCUAUAACAAAGUCUGUGCUAUUUAAAAAAAAAAAAAAAAAAACACAACGGGUGCGUAAGACUUUUGCACAUUUAUAAAUCCAAACUUUUUUUUUUUUUUAAAUAAUUAAAUAAAAAAAAUGCAUGUUGUGAAAUUAUACAAUCGUCGUUUUUGAGAACUGUUUGGCGGAAAUCAUUAGAAAUCACGUUGCUAAAUUUCAAAGUACAUUAAGGCUCACUUCAUUAAGAGUACAUACCGCAUUAGUCAACAUGAACGACCCAUGAACUUAUAAAUAUAUUCAUCGAUGCUAUGAACGAUGCACAAUGCACGUGUAGAUCGUGUGACUUAAUCUCUUGAAGAGGAAUUAAUACGCCGUUACCGUGUGUGAUCCUAGUGGUGCAUCGAUGCUGUAAUACAUGGUUUGUUCGUGUCAGUUAUGAGAACCUCAAAUGAAAGCUUUUAUUGUUCGUCGUUAUCUGAAAAAUCUUCUUAAUCUUCUUGAGG